UCAUAUUGUUGCGUGUUAUGGCGUAAACAUGCUGGGUGGAUAGUUGAAAAAGACAAAUAAUUUACGAUAAAUAAAUUGAUUUUAAGUUUUACUAAGGACAAUAAGUAUAAUAUAACAGCAAUGGACGAAGUUGCAAAAUUAGAACACUUGUCCUUAGUCUCAAAAAUAUGUACGGAAUUGGACAAUCAUUUAGGAUUGAAUGACAAGGAUUUGGCCGAGUUUAUAAUUGACUUAGCAGACAAGAACCCUAAUUUCGAUGCGUUCAAAAAGGCUCUCACUGAAAAUGGGGCUGAAUUCUCUGACUCAUUCAUGACCAACUUGCUUCGGAUCAUCCAGCAUAUGAAACCUACAAACUCUAAGCCUGAAACUAAUGAAAAAGAAAGAGUGAAUAAGAAUCCUUUAGCCAACAAGUUUCCAGGCUUGGCUAUACCUAAUGAAAAACCUGUAUUCUCUUCAGAUGAAGAAAGUGAGGAUGAAAAGAUAAGAAAAAGGCUAACAACUAAAGAUAUAUUCAAGGAUGAGAAAAACAAAUCUUCUAAUGACAAUGUAGUUGAUCAAACUAUGGCAGAGUUGGAGGCAUUAGCUCCAUCUAAAUCUGGUAUUAAAAAGGCAGAGGCUAAGAAGGAAGAUGAUCGCAAAAGAGUACGCAGUAGCAGUAGAGAUCGUAAAGAUGGAAGGAGUAGGAGGAGAGAUGGUUCUAGGGAUAGGAAAAGAAGUAGGAGUAGACACAGGAGAAGUCGCAGUAGAGAUAAAAGAAGUAGAAGUAGGGACCGAAGGAGUAGAAGUAGGGAUAGAAGACGUAGGUCUAGGAGCAGACAGCGACACAGAUCCAAGUCCAGGGAAAAGGACAGGCGCAGGAGGUCCCGAUCACGGGGCAGGCGCUCAAAGUCUCGGGAGCGGAGGUCUCCUUCUCAUGACAGAGAUCAGAAAGACAGAUAUGGUGACUUUGGCAAGAAGGUUAGAAGAAGAAGUCCUGAAGUUGAAAUGAGUGAUGACCCAGAACCAGGAAAGAUAUACAAUGGGCGAGUGGCGAAUAUAGUCCCUUUUGGCUGCUUCGUCCAAAUAGAAGGAGUGAGGAAGCGCUGGGAGGGGCUGGUACACAUCUCACAGCUGCGUAAUGAAGGCCGCGUCACCAAUGUGUCCGAUGUCGUCUCUCGCGGGGACAAAGUCAAGAUCAAAGUUCUGUCGGUCACUGGACAGAAAGUAUCUCUCACAAUGAAGGAUGUGUGCCAGGACACGGGCAAGGAUCUCAAUCCCACAUCACACGCGCAUCUAGAGGCGGAGCGCGAGGGCCGCAACCCGGACCGGCCGGCGCCCGCGGCCGCGGUGCUGGCGGGGCUGCAGGGCGCGCUGGACCCCGACGAGGACUCCAGCCGCAAGCGCGUCACCAGGGUCUCCAGCCCCGAGCGCUGGGAGAUCAAACAGGUGAGGUGCUGUCAUGUAACAGGCGGAGCGCGAGGGCCGCAACCCGGACCGGCCGGCGCCCGCGGCCGCGGUGCUGGCGGGGCUGCGGGCGCGCUGGACCCCGACGAGGACUCCAGCCGCAAGCGCGUCACCAGGGUCUCCAGCCCCGAGCGCUGGGAGAUCAAACAGAUGAUAUCAUCAGGCGUCAUAGACAAGAGCGAACUACCGGACUUCGAUGAAGAAACCGGUCUACUGCCCAAAGAAGAAGACGGCGAAGCCGACAUAGAGAUAGAACUAGUAGAAGACGAGCCACCCUUCCUGCAGGGCCACGGCAGAGCGCUCCACGACUUAUCCCCCGUCAGGAUAGUCAAGAACCCUGACGGCUCGCUAGCACAAGCUGCCAUGAUGCAGUCAGCUUUAGCAAAAGAAAGAAGGGAACAGAAGAUGAUACAGCGAGAGGCUGAGAUGGAAAGCUUACCGACCGGCUUAAAUAAAAACUGGAUAGAUCCUCUCCCGGAAUCCGAUGGUAGAGCCUUAGCAGCUAAUAUGAGGGGAACUGGUAUCACGCCCCAGGAUCUACCGGAGUGGAAGAAACAUGUGAUUGGAGGGAAGAAAUCUUCGUUUGGUAAGAAGACGAAUUUGUCGCUGCUGGAGCAGAGGCAAUCGCUGCCGAUUUAUAAGCUGAGGGAUGAGUUGACUAAGGCCGUCUCCGACAACCAAAUCCUAAUAGUUAUCGGCGAGACCGGUUCAGGCAAGACUACCCAAAUCACACAAUACCUCGCCGAGUGCGGCCUCACGGCUCGAGGCAAGAUCGCCUGCACGCAGCCGAGGAGGGUCGCCGCUAUGUCCGUGGCUAAAAGAGUCGCUGAGGAGUUUGGGUGCCGCCUGGGACAAGAAGUCGGUUAUACUAUCCGUUUCGAGGAUUGCACCAGCCCUGAGACUGUUAUCAAGUACAUGACAGACGGCAUGCUGCUCCGCGAGUGCCUCAUGGACCUGGACCUGAAGUCCUACUCCGUCAUCAUGCUGGACGAGGCGCACGAGCGCACCAUCCACACCGACGUUCUCUUCGGCCUCCUCAAGCAGGCCGUCCAAAAACGACCCGAACUCAAACUCAUCGUCACCUCCGCAACUUUAGACGCUGUCAAAUUCUCGCAAUACUUCUUUGAAGCUCCAAUCUUUACUAUCCCCGGAAGAACUUUCCCUGUUGAAGUUUUAUACACUAAAGAACCAGAAACUGAUUACUUGGAUGCUUCGUUAAUAACAGUCAUGCAGAUACAUUUGAGAGAGCCGCCUGGGGAUAUACUCUUGUUUCUGACUGGUCAAGAGGAGAUUGAUACGGCUUGCGAGAUACUGUACGAGAGGAUGAAAUCUCUAGGUCCUGAUGUGCCUGAACUGAUCAUUUUACCUGUAUACUCCGCCCUGCCUUCGGAAAUGCAGACCCGUAUCUUCGAACCCGCCCCGCCCGGGUCCCGUAAGGUGGUGAUAGCUACGAAUAUUGCAGAAACAUCUUUGACUAUAGACGGGAUAUACUAUGUGGUGGACCCUGGUUUUGUGAAGCAGAAGGUCUAUAAUUCUAAGACUGGUAUGGACUCGCUGGUCGUCACGCCGAUUUCGCAGGCAGCGGCGAAGCAGCGCGCCGGGCGCGCGGGCCGCACGGGCCCGGGCAAGUGCUACCGGCUGUACACGGAGCGCGCCUACCGCGACGAGAUGCUGCCCACGCCCGUGCCCGAGAUCCAGCGCACCAACCUCGCCACCACCGUGCUGCAGCUCAAGACCAUGGGCAUCAACGACCUGCUGCACUUCGACUUCAUGGACGCGCCGCCCGUCGAGUCGCUCAUCAUGGCGCUGGAGCAGCUGCACUCGCUGUCGGCCUUGGACCAGGAGGGGCUGCUGACAAGGCUCGGUCGUAGGAUGGCAGAAUUUCCUCUGGAGCCCAAUCUCUCCAAGAUCUUAAUCAUGUCCGUGGCCCUGCAGUGCUCCGACGAGAUCCUCACCAUAGUGUCCAUGCUCAGCGUCCAGAACGUGUUCUACCGGCCGAAGGACAAGCAGGCCCUCGCCGACCAGAAAAAAGCCAAGUUCAACCAGCCCGAGGGCGACCAUCUCACGCUGCUGGCUGUGUUCAACAGUUGGAGGAACAAUAAGUUCUCGAACGCGUGGUGUUAUGAGAAUUUCGUGCAGAUUCGGACGCUGAAGCGGGCGCAGGAUGUGAGGAAACAGUUACUUGGGAUUAUGGACAGGCAUAAACUGGACGUAGUCUCCGCCGCGAAGAACACCGUCCGCAUCCAGAAGACAAUCUGCUCCGGAUUCUUCCGGAACGCGGCUAAGAAGGACCCUCAGGAGGGCUACCGGACCCUUGUGGACUCCCAGGUGGUUUACAUCCACCCCUCCAGCGCGCUCUUCAACCGCCAGCCCGAGUGGGUAAUCUACCACGAGCUAGUCCAAACGACGAAGGAGUACAUGCGCGAAGUGACGACCAUCGACCCCAAGUGGCUGGUGGAGUUCGCGCCCGCCUUCUUUAAGUUCUCCGACCCCACCAAGCUGUCCAAGUUCAAGAAGAACCAGCGGUUAGAGCCAUUGUACAACAAGUACGAGGAACCGAAUGCGUGGAGAAUAUCGCGUGUGCGGCGUAGGAGGAACUAGGGGUAGUGUGUUUAUAAUUCUUCAGAUUCUCCGACCCCACAAAGCUAACCAAGUUCAAGAAGAACCAGCGGUCGGAGCCAUUGUACAACAAGUACGAGGAACCGAACGCGAGCGAUACUUACUGUGUUUAUAACUUUUCAAGCUUUUAAAAAGAAUCAGCUACUUGUGCUGGCGGUUCUAGAUGGAACUAGCAGUGUGUUAAUAUUGACUGCUUCAAGUGUUAAGCGGAUGAUCGACGUACGAGCCGUUAUACCUCGGUUUCACUCGCGAGUCGUUGGUACUGAUCGAAUAGCGAGUAGAACAAUCGUGUGACCGCGGUCGGUUCGACGUCAACCAACUAGCCAAUAUGUCGUGUUCAGUCGCCGAAAUCUGCCGACACGGCUCGCCGGCCGUCAUCGACACGCGGUUUGCACGGUGAGCCGGGUUUGGAACAUUUUGGCUCGUGGGUAUAUAAAACCGCGGUACGUACACCGGCGAGCUUUGCCGACGGGCCGCAAAACUGCGGUUUUACUCGCCCGUCGAUCAGGGCCUUUAAGUUCAAAGUGUUAAAGUGUCUCAUUAGUAAUUAGUUCCAAGUUUUAUUGGCUCAAACCAAUAAAAAUAAAUGUGUAAAUACUGA